UAAUGACAAGGCCAAAAUAAUUUUGUCAGGAUAGAAAUUUAGGUAGUGUUUGGAUGUAGGGACGAGAAAGAAUGAAAAUAGAUGAGAUGUGAUCAUUUUAACUUGACAUGUGUUUGGUUUGAAGGUCCAAAGUUAGAUUCAAGCAAUAUUUUUAAAAAAUAGUGGAUGGAGCCAGCACUCAAAAAAUAAUGGACAAUGUCAAUUCAAGGUUGAUCUUAUCUCAUCCCUGGUUCACACCGAACCAAACAUGUCAGAGUAAUAUAAGUGCGGAUAGCCAGUCUUUCUCUAGUCUCUACUACGACUACGCCAGGUGUCUAGGUCGCUGCCGCCCUACGCCUACGGCAGGUGCCAGGUGCCCAGCUCUUGUUCGGCCCGUACGCCGGCGAGGAGCACCACCAGGAUUUUGUCCCAUUUCUCCAGUUCCAAUGGAACAUAGCUCUGCAGAAGAUUCAGACAUUAGCGAUUCAGAUAUUGCUGAGCACAAGGAGGAGAUUUGUGCCCAACUCCGAGCAGGGAAAUUGAACGUGAAGCGUGGUGAGGCCUUCCGCUGCCCUUUCUGCCCUGGCAAGAAGAGGCAGGACUACAACCUAAAGGAUCUACUGCAGCAUGCCACAGGAAUAGGGGCUGCUUCUAAGCGCAGCGCCAAGGUGAAGGCAUCACACCUGGGGCUUGCUAUGUUCUUGGAGAAGGAUAUAGCCAGCACGUUGGAGCAACCAUUGCAAAUUGUUCCCUACAAGCCAAAAACUCCAAAGGAUGAAGAGAUCUUUGUGUGGCCAUGGAUGGGCAUUGUGGUUAAUUUGCAGUGUGAGUUCAAAGGCAAAGAAUGUUCCAGGGAAAGUGAAGAAAGGCUAACAGCACAGUUCUCGCGGUUCAGACCCCUCCAAGCCACAACCCUUAGGGAUGGAAAGAACCAACAGUUUUGCGCUAUCGUCAAGUUUGCUAAGGAUUGGAGUGGAUUUAAGGAUGCAAUGGCUUUUGAAAAUCAUUUUGUACUCGAGCAGUACAGUAAGCCUGAUUGGAAAAAAAGAAAUUGCAGAAAGGACGACCUUUAUGGAUGGCUUGCAAAAACAGAUGAUUACAACUCACCUGAGCCAAUUGGGGAGUAUCUAAGGAAAAAUGGAAAUCUUAGAAGUGUUGGUGACCUGGAACGAGAGGGUCUGAAAGAAACUGGCGAGCGUGUAGCUCAUUAUGCUCGCCAAAUUGACGCAACAAAUAAACAUAUGAGUGAACUGGAGCUGAAGAACAAUCAGAAUGCAAUGAAACUUGAUAGGAUGUUGGAGGAGAAUGAUCGAUUGGUUGAAGAGCACAAUGAAAGGAUACUAAAUAUGCAGAAAGAUGCUCGUCGAAAUUCUUGGAAAAUAAUUAAUGACAAUAUUAGAUUGCAUAAAGAACUGGAAACCAAGAAAAAAGAAAUUGGCAGGAGACACGAGGAACUUGAGAAGUUGGUUAUGAACAGUACUAACAGAGAAAAGCUUGAAGCGGCAAAAGAAGAGAUUGCAAAGGAGAACAGGCUUCUCGAUUUAGCAACCCUAAAGAAGAAGGAAGAAGAUGAGAAGUUCUUAAAACUUGUAAAGGAACAAGAGCAAGAGAAAGAAAAUGUCAGGAAGAUGCUAUAUGAUUUAGAAAUGCAGUUGGCUUCCAAACAAAAACUUGAACUGGAAAGAGAACAGUUGAGGGGGAAUCUUGAGGUAUGGAAGCAUAUGGGAAAGGAAGAUGCAAAAUCGAAGGAAAUGCUCGAUAAGUUGCAUGAAGCACUGAAAGAGAAAGAUGAAGAAAUGGAUCAUAUUGAUUCUAUAAACCAGACCCUUAUUAUUAAGCAACGAAGAACCAAUGAUGAGCUGGAAGAAGCCAAGAAAGAACUGACUACUGACCUACUUAAUAUGUCAUCAGCUCGAUCCAUUGUUGGUGUCAAAAAAAUGGGUGAGCUUGACAAGAAAGCUUUCAUUGUCUCUUGCAAAGAGAAAACAGCAGACGAGUUGUCAUUGUCAAUUCUGUGCUCGAAAUGGGAAGAUGAGAUCAGGCAACCAGAAUGGCAUCCUUUCAAAGUUAUAGAUGUUGGUGGACAGGCAAAGGAAAUAAUUCGGGAGGAUGAUGAGAAGCUGCAAGCUUUGAAGGCUGAACUGGGUGUGCAGGCGCACGAUGUGGUCGUCAAGGCCCUUCUUGAGAUGAACGAGUACAAUCCAAGCGGCAGGUACCCCAUACCGGAGCUGUGGAACUUCAAGGAGGACCGGAGAGCACCGAUGGGCGAGGCAGUAGCCUACAUAGUGAAGCAGUGGAAGGCGAACAAGAGGAAGCAUUAGGCGGGCCUGAUGCCUGAUGGCCCUUGUGCCAUUGGUUCCUGGGUCGAUGUCCCUGACAGUGAGAGCUGAGACCCUGAUCCCCUGACUUUUUCUGCUGAUGGAAGACCUAGUACCAGUAGCACUACUAAAAAAAUUGUCCGAUCUCUUGGACGGUUAGAUUGGCUAUGGCACCUAGUGCAAUGAUCUAUAUGUAUAAAAAAUAUCUGUAGUGUUUAAUGAUUUUACCAGAACUAGAUAAAGAUUAUAGAAUAUUUAUUAUUAUA